GCCCCGAGAGCCGGCCUGGCCCCGGCCCCGUCCCCGACAGCUGGCCCGGGCCCGUCUCCCAGCAGCGGCCGAACCUCCAGGACUACCCCGAUCUCCGAGCCGGGCCCGGUGCCGAGCGGCCGCCGAAGCGCCGCGCUCCGGAGCCGCCCGAGCAGGAGUCGCCGGUGAAGAUCUUCCAGCGGAUGAAGGCGCGGUCGGAGCAGCAGCGCAGGGUCGCCACCGACGUGAUCCUGAGCCCCGCGGCCAAGCAGCGCUGGGCCGGCACGGCCCGGGCCGGGAGCAGCGCCCAGCCGGGACGAGAGGCAGUUUGCCCUCAGGAUCCUGGGAUGGAGCCCCUGGCAGUACUCCCUGCAGAGCCUCCCGUGGUGGAAACCCCCCAGAAGUUCUUCCUGCGGGUGAAGUGGCAGCUGCAGCAGCAGAGGCACAGAGCACCUUCAACCCAAACCCAGCAAACCCCAAAUCCAAACCCUCCUUCCACAAAUGUGGUGAAUCCUUCAGUGCAGCCUGCUUGUGCUGAGCAGCCAGGGAAUGAGGCUGCAGAGGAUGUGGACUCUGAUAAGGAUGAUGUGGAUGUUUUCCUGGUGGAAUCUAUAGAAGUGGAUGCUGAUGGAGAAAUGUCUCUAAGUACAGUGGCUACUCCUUUGCAAGUAAACUCCACCCCUUGUGAAAAUGGGGAUCAGGUAGAAGGAAGGUGGAGAAAUGGAGAAGCAACACAUACAGAGCUUGAUGAAGACAGGAGAGGGUUGCAGGCCACUAAAAAUCCAGCUUCUCCAGCAGUGGAACAGGCAGCAGAGACUAAUCCUGAAAAGCCCUCUGAGCACUUGUGUAGCAUCAUGCUCUGCUCUCCAGUCCACAUUCCAAGGAAUCAGAAGCUGGCAGAAGACCCCAAGGUCCCUUUGGAUAAACCUACAGAUCAACCUGCUGGCAAAGCACAGAAAGAGAAAGUCAUCUGCCUGAGCAGCUGGAGAAUUAAAGUGCUGACUGGAAACACAGCAAUCUGUGUGGAAGGGAAAAGGAAGGACAUGAAGCAGGUGUUGUGGCACAGCAGCGCCAUCACGGAGCGCCUCACUAACAACCAGGUGAAAAGCUCCACGGGUGCUGUGUACCUGCUGCAGGGCAAGAUAGACUCAGCUGCCAUGAGGAGGGAAGGCUUCUCCUACCGCUUCACCAAGAAGUUCACCUUUGGCUUCUUCAGAAGGUGGAAGGAAUACGUGGAGGAGUUUCUUGAGGAAAGGAGGAGGAAGGAACGAAUUCCACGAGGUAGCAGUGGGGAAGAAAAUGAAGAGAAUGACUCCAUGGGGGGAACUGAUGUGUCGGAAACUGCAGGAGGCUCAGUGAGGAACGCAAGGAAACCUGCACUGAGGAACUCCACCUAUGAGGUAUCACCAGGGAAUGAUGAGAACCUCUUCGUAACACCAAAGGACAGAUCCAGGAAUGACUCCAGGGUCUACACUCGCAGCGGGCGCCUCAUCAAACCCCCCCUGAACUUCUGGUGUGGGCAGAGGGAGUUUGUGGAUCGGAACCUGAAUGUCACCAUAGAAAAUGGGGGGGUGGAUUAUCUGAGCCUGAUGUUUAGCAGUGAAAAACCCAAAGGAAAGACCAGUUUCAUGUCCAAGAAGGAAAAAAAAAAGGAAGAUGUGAAGACAACAGAGGAAAUGCCAAAAAGCCACAGUAAAGGGAAAAGCAGGGGCAGAGGAGCCACUUCCAGAGGAGGAUCCCGAUCCACUGGCAGCAGGAAGGACGGGCGCUUCCUUUCGGAUGAGGAGGAGAACGAUCAUGGCAUCAGGGAAACGAAAUCCCAGCUCCCUGGCAGGGGGAAUUCCUCAAACACCAAGGUGUUGAACAAACACGGCAGCAGAGCCCCGGGGGCAGCACAGAGAGCAGCAGGCUCCGGAGAGCUGAGCAUGUACGAGCAGGGCUACAGGAGCUCCCUCAGGUCAGCCAAGCAGCACCUCCCAGGAAAGGAGAGGGUUCUCCUCGCCCAGGAACCCUCAGACCAGGAUGAGGAGGAGCAGUCCAGUGAGGACACCCCACUGCUGAUCAAGAGGAAAAAUAAAUCUGUAUUAAAGCUGGAGUCUCAGAACUGGAAACCUUGCCCUGGCUCUAAAAGCUCCUGGGAUGAUGCGAGCAAGUCCUGUGGCCAAAGGACAGGAAAGCCCUCCCAGAAUGUGCUGGUGAGGCUGAGUGGGCCCGAGUCCAGUGACGAGUCCAAGUCCCCUCCUGAAGGGAGAACAUCUUCUGAGUCCAGUGCUUCCCUUCUGCCUGCCCAGGCCAGGAGGGCACAGGGCAGAACCAGCCCUGCCAGGCACCAGCUCGAGUCUGACUCCGAGUCCAACACCAGGAAGGAGGAAUUUCCCAGGAAGGACAGGGGUGCCAGAGCGUCCCAGAUAAAAACACGCAGCGGAGUCUCCAGCAGUGCCGGGGCUUCAGCAGCGAAACCGAGACAGCACGAGAGGGCAAAGAGGCAGAAAUCUCUGGAGCUUUUUCCAAGGACAGCUGAUGCUUGGUCUGAGAAGGAAUUGCAGAAGCUGCACAGGGCCAUUGCGGCGUUCCCCAAACACAGGAGUGGCUUCUGGCAGGACGUGGCCAUGGCCGUGGGGUCCCGCUCGGCCCAGGAGUGCCAGGAGAAGUACCUGGAGGAGCAGCAGGGGAAAGGCUCCAAACAGCAGCCCAAGAAAACCACAUCAGGAAAACCUGAGCGGAGAGAUAAGAAGGAGGCGGUGAUCACUGCCAAGGUGGGCACCCUCAGACGGAAGCAGCAGAUGAGGGAGUUCCUGGAGCAGCUGCCCAAGGACAACCACGAGGAUGUCUUCACUGCCACGCCCUUCCAGAGGAGGAAGGUCCAGCUGCCAGCGCUGCAAGGGAGCCGGGACGAGGACACGGAGGAUUUCACGCUGUCAGAAUUCCCACUCACCCCCUCCUCAGGGCUCCUUCCCUCCGUGAAAACCCCGCAGUGUGAGCACAUCAGCCCGGGAAUGCUGGUCCCCAUCAACAGGAACGACUACGACCGGCACGUGUUCCGCAUGCAGAGGAACACGCGGAGCAGCAGAGGCACCUGGGACAAGCUCAAGAAGAGAUCGGCCAGAGCUGCGCCCGGGACGCCGGCUUCCUGCAGAACCAAGAGAGUGAGCCCAGACCGCGUGGUGGGGAAGCUCUUCACAGCUGAGACUCCAGGCUCAUCCAGUGAGGAGGAGGAUUUAUACUUUUCCAUGUGAUGGACUUUGUGGAUGUGUUGCUCAGCACUUCAGGUUCAGAGCACAGAGGUUGUGCUGCCCCUGUGGGAGGGAAUGCUGGAAUGAUGAGUUCAAUUUGGAAAAGCUGCCCUGCUGUGAUUUUAUGUGGUUUAACCCCAUUCCUCCCCUGCCAGCAAUGCUUGGCUUUUCCAUGUGUACAAAGUGGCACUUCCAUGUCCAGGCUCCUCUCCGUGUCUCCUUUCUCCUGGGAAGGAGGAAUGUACAUAGCUACCAAUGAUGGCCAAGUUCUGAUCCAUUUUAGCUAAAAUAACUUCUGGGCUAUGGCUGUAAUAAACUCAGGUGCAGUCUGGAAGGAACUGAAAUUGCUUUUUAAUUUACUUUAGGGAGAGCUUGAAUUGUUACAUUUCCUUAAUGUAAUAAACAAGGACAA